AAACAUAUCAAUGGAUGAAAGAGAAGAAGGAGGGAGAGUGUCGGUGAUUGGCGUUGCAUUAAUUUGCUUAUAUCUCUUUCUCCUUUGGAAAGGUGGCCUUUGAUUUCAUUUACCUUUCCUUUUUUUAUCUUUUUCGUUUUUUUUUCCUUUUAUUUCUGCUUUUUAAGGGAGAUAUAGGGAGAGAUUACGUCCAUGUCAGUUGAUCAGUUGGUCUCUGCAAAUAUGUAAAAGGGAAUGAUGGACAUUCAUAGAUCUGUUGUCAGGUACCCAAUGGCCGUUUUUUGGCUGUGAAAAUAAGAAUAGCAAAGAAGGGGAGAGAGAGGUGCAUUCCUAACGCACCACCCAAAACCGGUUGGUUUUUUUGCCUGAAGCGUCACCUACCAACCUCCCCACUUCUCCUCUUCCUCCCGUCUUCAACAAUUCAACUAUGGGAAUCAUGAUAUCGUGAGUAGAAGAGGGGAGGGACGAGGAAGAAGAAGCAACCAUUUCCUGUACUGAUAAACGGCGCGGGAUCUAUCAUCUCCCAUUCUCUGUUUUUGUCUAUAUCUCUCGUAUAUGCAACGAAUGGACAAGAUGGGUUUGCUCAGAAUCCGGCAUUUGUUUGAAGUUCUUUCUUUCCUGUUGCUGUUCUUUCUCCCCACCCUUUCUUUCCAUGUCGAGCCAUUCCCUUUACCAGAGGGUGUGACCGUCAGCUUCGGUCUUCCACAUGGAAGGAUGGUGGCGGAGGUUGCGAGUUCUCCGCAAGGGGCUGUUGCGGAAAAUAGCUCCUUCGUCCUGGCUGCGAAUCGGACGUACAGGAAGGACCCUCUCAACGGCUUCAACCGCUACACCGGCGGGUGGAACAUUACCAACGUUGAAUAUUGGGCCUCGGUUGGUUUUACGGCCGCGCCGCUCUUCGUCAUCGCUGCUGCAUGGUUCGUGUUCUUCGGCCUGACCCUGUUCUUCAUCUGUUGCUGCUACUGUUGUUGCUCCCACCGCAGGCCGGGCUAUCCUUAUUCCCGGGUGGCCUAUGCUCUCUCCCUGAUCUUCCUCAUCUUUUUCACCGUUGCUGCAAUUGUGGGCUGCGUCGUGUUGUACAACGGCCAGGGGAAAUUUCAUAGCAGUACAACAAACACUUUGAAAUACGUUGUUGGUCAGGCCGAUCUCACAGUCAGCAAUCUUAGGAAUUUUUCCACUUACCUGGCUGCUGCCAAGAGUAUCGGCGUCGACCAGAUCUUUCUUCCUGCUGAUGACCAGGCGAAGAUAGACAUUAUACAGAUGAAGCUUAAUGCCACGGCUAAUGAGCUGGGAAACCAGACAGCCAAGAAUUCUGAUGAUAUCCAGGGACUGCUUGACUCUGUGCGGCUGGAUUUAAUCAUUGUUGCGGCUGUGAUGCUCUUCUUGGUGUUUCUAGGAUUUGUAUUCUCUAUAUUCGGGUUGCAAGUUCUCGUCUACGUCUUGGUAAUUAUUGGUUGGCUACUUGUUACCGGCACAUUUAUCUUAUGUGGUGUAUUUCUUCUGCUCAACAAUGUUGUGUCAGAUGCUUGUGUUGCAAUGAAUGAGUGGGUUGCGCACCCCACUGCAAAGACUGCACUGGAUCAUAUACUUCCUUGUGUGGAUGUUGCAACUGCCAAUGAAUCCUUGUACCAAAGCCGGAGAGUCACAUAUCAAAUGGUUAAUCUUCUCAAUCAGGUCGUUAUGAACGUCAGCAAUAAGAAUUUUCCACCUGCCCUUGCUCCACUUUACUUUAACCAGUCUGGACCUUUGAUGCCUGCUCUCUGCAAUCCUUUCGCUUCUGACUUGUCUACUAGACAGUGCCAAGCUGGUGAAGUGGACUUUAACAAUGCUACACAGGUUUGGCGAGGAUACAUGUGUCAAGUUUCAUCCUCAGGGAUAUGCACUACUGUUGGUCGAGUUACGCCAUCCAUCUAUAGCCAGAUGACUGCGGCUGUCAAUGUGAGCUAUGGUCUGUACCAAUAUGGUCCAUUCCUGGUGAAUCUAGAAGAUUGUACUUUUGUGCGUGAUACAUUUUCUACAAUCGGUACCACUGAGUGCCCUGGUCUGCGCAAAUACAGCAAAUGGGUAUAUAUUGGCUUGGUCAUGGUCUCAGCUGCUGUUAUGUUUUCUUUGAUCUUUUGGGUUAUAUAUGCUCGAGAGAGGCGGCACAGGAAGUACAGUAAAUUGCCAUUGCAAUACUAGAUGUAUCAAGUGCUACAGCAGAACAAAGCUUUUACUGGGAUGUUUGGUUUGGGGAUGACGCCUGAGGAGAUGUGCAUACACAAGCCUCAUUGUGCUUCCUGUGUAGUUUGGUGUUGGAGGCUUUGUACUUUUAAUCAUUGGGAUGGUUGGUUUGGGGAUGAGGCCUGAGGAGAUGUGCAUACACAAGCCUCAUUGUGCUUCCUGUGUAGUUUGGUGUUGGAAGCUUUGUAUUUUACAUGAUAUUUUUCUCCUUUCAAUGGGCUGCACAAUGUGAAAGUUA